ACGUUAUUCUUCGAGUAAUGCUGCAAAAUCGGAUUUAUCACAAUGUCACAACACAAUUGUAAAUACUGACGCUGAUGAUAAAAUAGAAAGAAUUUAUCAUGAAUUCGAUAAAAUCGCAUUUUUCUUAGGAUUUUAUGGUGGUGAAAAUGGUGAUGGAAAUAAUAAUGAAGAUCAUGAUAAAAUAGGAGAAAGUUCUGGUGCCAUAGAACCUGCUUCCCCUCAUUCUACGACGGUAAUGCAUUAA